GGCCGGCCCCUCCCCCGGACUGAGAGACGCUGCUGUGGUCGUUCCGGUGAAGGCGCGCGCGCGUCCCCUUUGCUCGUCUCUGUAUUGCGCGCGCUUUAACACAGAACCCUUGCUCAGUGUCCCUGUCGCUCCCGUUCAGGGCAGUUUUACCGAGCCGGUGUGUGUGUAGUGUGUGUGGGUGUGUGUAGUGUGUGUAGUGUGUGAGAGGUGUGAGCCGCACCGACUCGGGGGGCGGAAAGGCAGCAGUGCGCUCCGCAGCGCGGCUCCGGGUGAAGCGGGAGAUCAGAGCGCAGGUGGAGAGGGAGCGCAGCAUCACUGCGUCUGAGAUGCUCAAAGUGGGGAUGAUCAGCUCCAGGCCAGGCGCAGCUCCAGAGUACUGGAUUGAUGGCUCCAAUAAAGAGACGCUGGGGGACUUCUACGAGCUGGAGUCGGAACUGGGACGGGGAGCCACGUCGGUGGUGUUUCGAUGUCGGCAAAAAGGCACCCAGAAGCCGUACGCAGUGAAGAAGCUGAAGAAAACAGUUGACAAGAAGAUUGUACGAACGGAGAUCGGGGUCCUGCUGCGCCUUUCUCAUCCAAAUAUAAUCAAGCUGAAGGAGAUCUUCGAGACACCGUCAGAGAUCAGUCUUGUUCUGGAGCUCGUCACUGGAGGAGAGUUAUUUGACAGGGUGGUGGAGAAGGGCUACUACAGCGAGCGGGACGCAGCAGACGCUAUCAAACAGGUCCUGGAGGCCGUCGCGUACCUGCAUGAAAACGGUGUCGUGCACCGCGACCUGAAACCUGAGAACCUCCUGUACGCCACUUCAGCACCAGAUGCUCCUCUUAAAAUAGCUGAUUUCGGCCUCUCGAAAAUAAUAGAUGACCAGGUGACAAUGAAGACGGUGUGCGGGACUCCGGGAUAUUGCGCUCCAGAGAUCCUCCGGGGGUGUGCCUACGGGCCUGAAGUUGACAUGUGGUCGGUAGGAGUUAUCACGUACAUCUUACUGUGCGGGUUUGAGCCUUUUUUCGACGACAGAGGGGAUCAGUACAUGUUCAAGCGCAUCCUGAACUGCGAAUAUGAGUUUGUCUCCCCCUGGUGGGACAAUGUGUCUCUUAACGCUAAGGACCUGGUAAAAAAGUUGAUCGUCAAGGAUUUGAAGAAGCGGCUGACGACGCAGCAGGCCCUGCAGCACCCGUGGGUGACCGGGAAAGCCGCAAACUUCACCCACAUGGACACGGCUCAGAAAAAGCUCCAGGAGUUUAACGCAAGAAGAAAGCUCAAGGCUGCCGUUAAAGCGGUGGUGGCUUCGACACGGCUGGGCAGCGCCAGCAGCCACAGCAACUCGGACGCGAGCAAGGCGAACUCUCUUCCAUCCGAGCAGACGAACGUGGAAGACGAUGAGCAGCCUGAAAAAGAAGUUCACAAGCUGGAAGACUCGUAGACGUGUACGGGUUUUCGCGAGGGAACAAAUUUACGAAUCGUUAUUAAAAGAACUUUUUUUUUCCCUCACACGUUGGGUUACACCUGAAACCAUGGGGUCCUGACGGGACUGAGUCAUGAACGGAUUGGGAACUGUUGAUAUGCAUGUGAUUGAUUUUAGGUUAUAAAAAGAAAACGAACCCACACAUCAUGCCAUUUUAAUACAAGGCAUCUUGAUAUCUGUAUCAUGUAUUUCGAAGCUGUAUGUCAACCAGGUGAACUGAACGUCUGUCUGUAAACAGAUAUCGGCUGAUCAUUAUGUUCGAGUUAUAUCCUAAAGAGAAAACUGAAUCAGAAGGUUUUAAAUCACUGUAAGAUAUUAUGAAUAUCUGAAUUACGACAAACAUAUUUGCCAACUCUAAGUACAAAUAACAAUUUAAGCCAAAUCUCAUGCUUUGGAUGUUGUAUUAUCAAACAGGGACUUAUUCUUUACUAUCAAGAAAUAUCUCAUAUUCUAGGAACAAGCUUAAAUAACGUUGCUUUACAUCCUGAUUUUUAUUUUCUGAAUCGAAAGGGCUUAGAAUAAUGUUUGUGUUGUCGAAGAAGGACUUGUUUUCUACUUUUCUAAGAAUCAGUACCAAGUACAUGAUGCAUGGUUUAAAAAUAAUAAUAAUAAAAAAAGGAGAUAUGCACAAAUCAGUUAUCGUUAGCGGCGCCAAAAGCCUUCUGCGCACCUCAGAAAGUCACAACGUCUGCUCCAAAAGUGUUGGCACCCUUGGGUAAAAAAAAAAAAAAGUAUCAUAAUAAGGUCUUGCAAUGCGAAUGUAAUAAAAAGCUUACUUUUAAUCAAAGUAAAUGUAAAACCCCUUGCCCUGUGAUGGACUGGUACCCUGUCCAGGGUGUACCCCACCUCGUGCCCAAAGGCUCCUGUGAAAGAUUCCAGCCUUCCCGUGACCCUGUUCAGGAUAAGCGUUAUAGAAAGUGAUUAAAUUAAUGAAUAAAUCCCAUAUUUAAAUUACAGGAUAUAUACAUUUAAAAGCCAAACAAACAAAAAAAACUCAUGUCACAAUUAUGAGGACUUUGCUUUGUGCAGCCUUGCUUGCCAACAUAACAGCGUAAUAUAGUUAUUAUUUUGGUAUUCCAUUCUUUUUUUCCAUAAUCGAACAUUAUGUACAUAAUUCAAACAUUUAACCCACCUUAAAUGUUGCAUAAUCACACCAAACUACAGUACCGGUCAAAAGUUUGGACACACCCUCUAAGUGUUUUUUUCUUUUUUUGUGAUUUAUUUUCUACAUUCUAGAACAAUACUGGAGAUUUAAAAACUAUUAGAUAACACAUGGGAUUAUGUAAAUAAGUAAAAACAGCAACAACAACAAUCAGUAGUUAUGUUAAGACAUGAAUGUCAGCUGUUCUGAAAUAUUUCCUGCAAGAACAGUGUUGUAUUGAAGUGCAUUUGCAAAACUCAUCAAGCACCAUGAUAAAACUGGCUCUCAUGAAGACCUUCCCAGAAAAGAAAGACCAAGACUUACCUCCAACUACCAAAUAGCACCUCAGAUUAGAGCCAUUAUGAAGGCUUUACAGAGCAGACACAUCUCAAUGUCAACUGUUCAAAGGAGAUUAUCGGAUAUUUUUGAUGCCUUCAGCAAGUUUCAUAAUGUAGAACGAAAUGAAAAUCAGGAGAGACCACGAAAUUAGAAGAUGUGUCCAAACUUUGGACUGGUAGUAUAGAUCCAAAGAAAGCUUUCUCCUGGCAUGGGUUUUAAAUAGUUCAUUAGCAUGGACUAAUUGUUGGACCCUAACCCCAAACUGCUACCAUCUUGUGUAAAGGUCGCUCUGUGGUUUUGGGAGAAUUAUUUAGCUCCUCACUGUGUGUGAGGGUGAAACACCCUGCGACUUUUAAUCUUCCUCAUGAUCAACACUGAUGGGAGGCA